AUGUGUUUAUGCGACUUCAUGGCAUCUCGCCCCUCAACACAAAAUUCAUCACACCACACAACAUUCAGCACCCAACACAACAUUCAUCGCACAACACAACAUUCAGCACACAACCUAUGUACAUCAUCAUACCACGUAACCCCACGCAAAAAACCAACCACACUACACACACACCAUCAUCAUUUUCACCAGCCAACCGAUCAAAAAGGAUUGGUUAGAUCGGGGUGGCCCUAAUUCGAUUUCUACGCCCGUAAAAUAUACACACGUCUUGCCAGCUUUUCAACGGUUGAUCCGCGUUCAGUUAAUUUGUGGUACAAAAUUGAAAAAAAAAACCCUUUAGGUCGUGUGUGUGGUUGUGCACUGGCAGCAGCAGCAGUGAAUAUAUUGUUGCGAAUUUACUCCUUACUAGUUUACUUUACUAGGUUCGUAUCUCUGGAUUGACAAAUAAAACCGUUUAAUUCACUUCAACAAAAUCUCUUUAUUUUACAACUCGUCUACACUAUAGCAGUUUACUCUUAGCACUGGUUGACUACGUUGGCGCUGUCACGGCUUAUAUAGCCACGCACUUCUCGCUUAUGCCGACGUGUCCUUCUAGAAUAUUGCGUCUGGAAAUUACAAGAACAUAAUGCUAUACGGCGCCAAAUGCAGACAGCCGUGGCGCCAGACUCGGCAAUUGUUUAAGUAGACAAGCGGAUGGCUGCGGCGCCAGAUGUCUAUUGUUUCGACAAGCAGACAGCCGCGGCGCCAGAUGUCUACAACAAGACAAAUGCUAUUCCAUAUACCUACAGCUAUUGUUCAUAAUAAGGGAUGCAUAUAGCAAUACAAAUACAACUUAAUACUACUUUUGUAACACUGCCCUCCACUAAACCCUAAUCGUCCCGAUUAGGCACAAAUCCUCUUGAACCAAAUGGAGUGUUCAUAAAGAUAUGAACAUGAAAGUUUUGUAACCUUAAGAUAGAAUUAUAUAUACAAAAUUAUAUUUUUGACACAACUACAUUAAUACAUAAAAAUAUACAUGUAAACAAUAAAUUAAAUAAAAAGUAUAUACAGUCCACUAAAUGUCAAGUGCAAUGGUAAGCAACAAAAUUGUAAUAUGAGACUUGCUCAUAAAAAUGUGAAAAUCAUUGCACAUAAAAGAAAACUCAUAAAUUAGAGUAUACAUAAUACUAAUAUUAAAAUACAAAAUAUACAUACUCGAAACAUUAAUGCACACAAGCAACAGAUAAGAAAGUAUCAAGCGUGUGUACGUAUGUGUAUAAGUGCGUUAGAUGCACUAAUCUAAAAAACUAUAAAAUAUCAAUGCGUUGGUAUCUGAAACAUGCAAUAAAAAUAUAAUACAUAUUUACACAUGUGUAUGCACACUAAGCAUACACACAUAUACAUAUAUACAUAGUUAAGAAAUUAGAAUUAAGAAAUGUAUUGAGGGAAGAAAUUUGAUUAAAGAAAAUCAGAGUCAAAAGUGAACUCUCACAGUACAGACUUAAGCAAAGACUGUUUUUUUCUGUACAUUUGGUCCUUCGAUCCUCUUUUUGAAAAAGAAUCGAGCAAGUGCAAGUACUGGAAGCCUCUUAAAAGAAAAAGAGCAUUACUUAGCCAAGUAAAAAUAAAUGUAAGCCUGAAUAGCAAAGACUACCCGCAUUUAUAAAAAUUACUUUUAGUAAAAGUUAAAAAAAAUUUUUUAAAGCGUCCUUGUGGCUAUAACAACAAGAACAGUGCAAAAAAAAAAAAAAUAUAUAUAUAUACAAAACCAUCUAUAAAGAAGCAAAUAUGAAGAAUUUGCUAACACGACAGAAGGAGUUGGGAGAUCUAGCUGCGUUGGAGGAGCAGAAAGUCCUGAGCGGAAAAAUAAGAAAGGCUUCAUGUCUGGAAUAUAUGGAUCAUAUUCAGACUGUUAUGAAAGAGUUUACUGCAAAUCAUAAUAAAAUAAUGGCUAAGAAGAGUCAAGAAGCUGAGGAAUACAUUGCGAAGAACUACUUCGAGCAUGUAAUGCAAACAAUGGAGAAUUCUAUUCAGAAUUUAAGAAUUCAAAGUACUGCCGAAGGUGUUUCAGCAGUGAGCAGCAUGUGGCAAAUAGAAUCUACGCUACAAACUAUUCAGGUCGCACCACCUGAAGCCGCGUCUGGCGUUGAAAGAAAAUAUCAACGUCGAGCAAAAAUGCUCAAAAGCACGAUGGAUGAAAUACGAAGAAAUGCAUUGGAUUCUCUCGAGCAAAUGAGAGAAUUCAAAACCAAGCUUCAAAUACAAUUUGAAAAUGUUGAAGAAUCAUAUUUUGAAACUCAAAAUAUCACAUUAGUUGAAACAACUGAAGAAUCUAUUGAGGAACAAAUAGAUGUAUUUCGUCAAGAAUACAAAAUCAUCAUCGAAAGGAUAACGGAGAAAUUAAAUAAUUAUAAUUCACCACAAACAAUGUAUUCCAAUAUAAAACUGCAGGAAAUUAAAAUUCCGAUGUUUUACGGUGAAAUGAAACAAUGGUCGUCAUUCCACGAUCUUUUUAAAAGUUUGGUGCAUGGUUCGAAGCACUUUACAGAAGUGGAAAAGAUGUUCCGAUUGAAGACAUCAUUAGGUGGAGAAGCUGGUAGAUUAAUUCAACAUCUACCAGUAACAGCAACAAAUUAUGAAGCUGCUUGGCAAAUUCUUAAGGAAAGGUAUGAGAAUAGAAGGCUACAAUUUACAGCACAAGUAGACAGACUACUUGAUCAACCGACAGCAAAUGGAGAAAGUGCACAAAGCAUGAAGCAGCUGUUAGAUACCACCAAAGAAUGCAUUUAUGCUUUAAAAGGGCUAAAUCUAAAUUUAAAUGACGAACAAGCCAUCAUAGCUCGGAUAGUGGUUCGAAAACUAGACAAAGAAAGUCUACGUUUAUACGAGCAAAACGUAAAAAAAAGUAGGGAUAUACAAAGCCUAGAUGACGUCUUCAGUUUUCUGGAACAGCAAUAUCAAGCUCUAGAAGCAAUACGCGACAGAAAACCAACUAAAUGGAACAAUCAAAAGCAGCCACAGCGAACACCUACAUUUUAUACAGCGGCACAAAAUAAUUGUGUAUACUGCAAGGUUCCUGGGCAUCAAAUUGGUGAAUGCAGAAAGUUUCAGACAUUGACUACGAUGAAUCGAAGAGGAUUCAUAACAAACAACAAGUUAUGCUACAUUUGCCUUGAUCACGUAUAUGAAGGAAAAUGUAAUAAUAAAAAGAAGUGCAAUAAUGUGUGAAAGAAAUCAUAAUAAUUUAUUGCACUUUAAUGAAUUCCAAAAAGGAAAAGGAGGAAGUGAAGAAAAUGUCACAAAAACAUCUUCCACAAUGAUGACGAAACAUUCGGAAAUGGCGAUACUCCUAGCAACAGCACAGAUAAGGGUGAAGGCAGCAAAUGGAGAGAUCGAAUACUAGGUCAAGCUACGAAAUUGGGCUGGAUAUUGUCGGGAGUUUUACAACAACCGAGAAAAAACAAUACAAUUUUAGCAGCGGUUACUACAUCAUUGGAGAAGUUUUGGGAAAUAGAAGACACUACAACUCCAGCAGAUACAGCAGAUGAGGAUGAAUGCCUAAGAAUUUUUGAAAAAACAACAGUAAGAAAUGGAAAUAAUCGAUUUGUCGUCAAUCUACCUUUUAAACAAGGAAAAGAAUUGGGCGAUUCUCGAAAACAAGCUAAGGCGAGGUUUCUUAAUCUUGAGAAAAGGUUCGCUACAAAUAACGAGUUAAAACAACAAUAUGUGCAAUUUAUGAAAGAAUAUUCAGAAAUGGGCCACAUGGAAAAAGCAAGUGAAAAUAAAUGCGGAAAAUACUAUUUGCCACAUCAAGCAGUGAUUCGAGAAGACAGUAGAACGACUAAACUACGAGUAGUUUUCGAUGCGUCUGCAAAAACUACAAAUGGAAGUAGUUUAAAUGACAUCCUCUUCAUAGGACCGAGACUUCAAAGAGAUAUAUUUGACAUUAUAAUCAAAUGGAGACUUUGGCAAUAUGUAUUAACUAGUGAUAUUGAAAACAUGUUUCGACAAAUUAAAAUAACAGAUAGUGAUCAAGAUUACCAACGUAUAUUGUGGAGAGAAACAAAAGGAGAGCCGAUAGAAGAAUACAAACUACAAACAGUUACAUAUGGGACAGCAUCAGCUCUUUUUUUGGCAACAAGAACUUUACAAGAAAUUGCCAAACUAUGCGAGCCCCACAACUAUUUGCUUUCAAACAUCAUUAAAAACGACUUCUACAUGGACGAUUUAAUGACAGGAGCAGAUUCAAUAGAUGAAUGUAAGGCCAUUCAGUAUGAAAUAUCGAAACAACUACAAAAAUAUGGAUUUCACUUAAGGAAGUGGAUGUCAAACAACAGUGAAAUCAUAGCAACAAUUCCGGUAAAUAACGCGAAUGAAGUAAUAAAAAUAGCAGAAGACGAAACAAUAAAGACAUUGGGUAUUCAAUGGGAUCCUACCAAAGACAUGUUUGGAUUUAAUACGAAUCUUUCAACGCAAAAGCUGGUUACAAAAAGACAAGCUUUGUCUGAUUUAGCGCGAAUU